GCUUUCAAAAUGAGUCUAAAAAAGGAAGAAGUUAUGACAUUUCUGGAUAACAACCCUGCUUUUACAGAAAAAUACUUUCAGAAGAAACUGAAGCCAGAGACCAUAACGUCCUCCUUUGGCCGGAAAGACCUUGUGGUUGAUUUUGCUACUUACCGAGAACUCGCUCAGGUGGAAGAAAGUGAAAUUCUUUUUGAACUUAUUAAAGACAUGCAGGAAAGUAUAAACAUGGAGAAGGUUGUAUUCAAAACUCUAAGGAGAAUCAGCUGUCUUAUUCAUGCAGAUCGUUGUAGCCUCUUUAUGUACAGGCAAAGGAAUGGUACUCCGGAGUUAGCCACAAGACUUUUUAAUGUCCAGAAAGAUAGUAAAUUGGAGGAUUGUCUUGUCCCACCUGAUAGUGAGAUUGUGUUUCCUUUAGACAUUGGAGUUGUAGGGCACGUUGCACACACCAAGAAGACAGUCAACAUCAAGAAUGUUGCUGAGAGCACACUAUAUAGCAAAUUUGCUGAUGAACUUACAGAUUAUGACACAAGGAAUAUACUUGCAACACCAAUUAUGAAUGGCAAAGAUGUUGUUGCAGUUAUUAUGGCAGUCAACAAAACUGAUGGUCCAUUCUUUACUAAAAAUGAUGAAGAUGUGUUUUUGAAGUAUUUAAAUUUUGCUUCAUUAAAUCUGAAAAUCUAUCACUUGAGUUAUCUACAUAACUGUGAGACACGGCGAGGCCAGGUAUUAUUGUGGUCGGCAAACAAAGUGUUUGAGGAACUUACAGACAUUGAAAGACAAUUCCACAAGGCCUUCUAUACAGUGAGAGCGUAUUUAAACUGCGACCGAUAUUCCGUUGGCCUUCUAGACAUGUCAAAAGACAAGGAAUUCUUUGACAUGUGGCCUAUUCUAAUGGGGGAAGUUCCCCCAUAUUCUGGACCCCGUACUCCAGAUGGAAGGGAAAUUUUAUUCUACAAGGUUAUUGAUUAUAUUCUACAUGGAAAAGAAGACAUCAAAGUCAUACCAAAUCCUCCAGCAGAUCACUGGGCUCUGAUUAGUGGCCUGCCGACUUUUGUCGCAGAAAGUGGAUUUAUCUGCAAUAUUAUGAAUGCAUCUGCAGAUGAAAUGUUCAAAUUCCAGAAAGAACCUCUGGAUGAAAGCGGAUGGGUUAUUAAAAAUGUCCUAUCAAUGCCUAUCGUGAACAAGAAGGAGGAAAUUGUUGGGGUUGCCACUUUUUACAACAGGAAAGAUGGAAAACCCUUUGAUGAGCAAGAUGAAACAUUGAUGGAGUCUUUGACGCAGUUUCUUGGUUGGUCUGUUCUGAACACUGAUACUUAUGACAAGAUGAACAAGCUGGAGAACCGUAAAGACAUUGCACAGGACAUGGUGAUGUACCACGUCAAGUGUAGUAAGGAUGAAAUGCAAGAUAUCAUGCCAACCCGUGAAAAACUUGGAAAGGAGCUUGAACAAUGUGAAGACGAUGAAAUUGCACAAGUUCUUAAAAAAAACUUACCAGGACCAACCAAAUUUGAAAUUUAUGAAUUCCAUUUCUCAGAUUUUGACUGUACGGAACUAGAGCUUGUGAAAUGUGGAAUCCAAAUGUACUAUGAGCUUGGUGUGGUCAAAAAGUUUCAAAUACCCCCGGAGGCACUGGUAAGGUUUAUGUAUGCAAUGAAGAAAGGAUACAGGAAGGUGACCUAUCACAACUGGCGCCAUGGAUUCAAUGUUGCACAAACCAUGUUCACACUUCUGAUGACUGGGAAACUGAAACGCUAUUACACAGACCUAGAAGCUAUGGCCAUGGUCACUGCAGGGUUUUGUCAUGACAUAGACCAUAGAGGAACAAACAAUCUUUACCAGAUGAAAUCUCAACAUCCAUUAGCAAAACUACAUGGAUCUUCUAUUCUGGAGAGACAUCACUUGGAAUUUGGAAAAUUUUUGCUGGCAGAUGAGUCCAUGAACAUUUACCAGAAUCUUAACAGAAGGCAGCAUGAGAACGUCAUCCAUUUGAUGGAUAUCGCUAUCAUAGCCACAGAUUUAGCUCUUUACUUCAAGAAGAGAACAAUGUUUCAGAAAAUCGUUGACCAGUCCAAGACUUAUGAUGACCAACAGAAAUGGGUUGAAUACCUGUCACUUGAAACAACAAGAAAAGAAAUCAUUAUGGCUAUGAUGAUGACAGCCUGUGAUUUGUCUGCUAUCACCAAACCAUGGGAAGUCCAGAGCAAGGUUGCUCUUUUAGUCGCAGCUGAGUUCUGGGAGCAGGGUGACUUGGAGAGAACAGUACUUCAGCAACAGCCCAUUCCAAUGAUGGACAGAAAUAAGUCUGCAGAAUUGCCAAAGCUUCAAUGUGGUUUCAUUGAUUUUGUGUGCACUUUUGUGUACAAAGAGUUUUCUCGCUUCCAUGAGGAAAUUCAGCCAAUGUUGGAUGGUUUGAUGAAUAACAAAAAGGAAUGGAAAGCUCUUGCUGAUGAGUAUGAGGCAAAAAUGAAGGUGAUUGAAGAUGCAAAGAAGAAAAAGGAAGAAGAACUAGCUGCAAAAAAAGCUGCCGCUGACGGAGGUGGGGGAGGGGACAGCACUUCCAAAUCUUCAACUUGUACACUAUUGUAAUCUGCUUGGCAAUAUACCACUUUGGGAUACCACCUGGAGAGUACUUUAUAAAAACAAAGAGCAAAUCUC